AUGGAGAGAGAAAAGGAACAAUUCCAUAAACUCUUUUUUUGUGGCUUGAGCUUUGAAACUACAGAAGAAGGUUUGAGGAACUACUACGAGCAAUGGGGAAAACUUACAGACCGUGUGGUAAAGAGGGAUCCUGCAAGCAAAAGAUCAAGAGGCUUUGGUUUUGUAACUUUUUCAUCCAUGGCUGAGGUUGAUGCCGCCAUGGCUGCAAGACGGCAUUCAACUGAUGGGAGAGUAGUUGAGCCAAAAUGUGCUGUUGCAAGAGAGGACUCUGGAAAGCCAGGGGCUCAUGUCACUGUGAAGAAGCUAUCUGUAGGUGGAAUUAAAGAAGACACUGAGGAACAUCAUCUUAGAGAUUACUUUGAGGAAUAUGGAAAAAUUGAGACCAUUGAGAUCAUUACUGAUAGGCAGUCUGGAAAGAAAAGAGGCUUUGGGUUUGUUACUUUUGAUGACUGUGAUCCUGUGGAUAAGACUGUGUUGCAGAAAUACCAUACUAUCAAUGGUCAUAAUGCAGAAGUAAGAAAGGCUUUGUCUAGACAAGGAAUGCAGGAAGUCCAAAGUUCUAAAAGUGGAACAGGAGGCCACUUUGGUUUUGGAGAUUCUCGUGGUGGUGGUGGUGGUGGAAAUUUUGGACCAGGACCAGGAAGUAACUCCAGAGGAGGAUCUGAUGGAUAUGGAAGUGGUCGUGGAUUUGGGGAUGGCUAUAAUGGGUAUGGAGGAGGGCCUGGAGGUGGCAAUUUUGAAGGUAGCCCUGGUUAUGGACGAGGAAGAGGAGGAUAUGGUGGUGGAGGACCUGGAUAUGGCAACCAGGGUGGGGGCUACGGAGGUGGUUAUGACAACUAUGGAGGAGGAAAUUAUGGAAGUGGAAAUUAUAACCAGCAACCUUCUAACUACGAAGAGUGGAAACUUUGGUGGUAG